CACAUACUGAUGAGGCUUUAUCCAUUCCAGAUCCUGCUGCCACAACUACUCAGCCAUCAGACAACUUGGAUGUGCCACCUCCUGCUGAUUCAUCCACUCAUGGCAUACUUGACAUGCAUCAUUCACCAGCUGUCUCCACUCCCCUGGGACGAGGCAUGCGACGUAAAGUCCCAUCCGUGCGGCUCCAGGAUUAUGUCCACACAUAUUAACCCCCACGACUUCACUGCUGUCCUCACCUAUUUCACAUGAGCAGGAACCAAUUUCAUAUCAAGCUGCCGUGCGUGAUCCGCGGUGGAGGGAGGCCAUGCACUGUGAGAUUGAUGCUUUGGAGGCAAAUAAAACGUGGACCAUGGUUGAUUUACCCACUCACAAGAAACCUAUUUAUUGUAAAUGAGUUUAUAAAAUUAAAUAUAACAGUAAUGGUUCUGUUGAACGCUUUAAAGCUCGACUUGUGGUGUGUGGAAAUCGACAAGUGGAGGGUAUUGAUUACCAUGAGACUUUUGCUCCUGUUGCCAAAAUGACAACUGUACGGACCCUUCUCGCUGUGGCUGCAUCCAAAAACUGGGAACUUCACCAAAUGGACAUUGACAAUGCAUUCUUGCAUGGAAAAUUGGAUGAAGAGGUCUAUAUGUUUCCACCCCCCCGGGUUCUCAUCUUCUAAGCCUAAACAAGUAUGUCGUUUGCAACGCUCUCUCUAUGGGCUUAGACAAGCACCUCGGUGUUGGUUCUCCCGGCUUAGUGCUUCUCUUUUAUCCUAUGGUUUUACCCGUUCCUAUGCAGAUUAUUCGUUAUUCACUUUAACCAAAGGCAGUGACUUUGUUUGUAUACUUGUUUAUGUUGAUGACUUGCUGAUUGCUGGCAAUAAUUCCUCUUUUAUUGCUACAAUUAAGAUAUACCUUGCUCAGUGUUUCCCUAUUAAGGACCUCGGUCAUCUCAAAUAUUUUUUAGGGCUCGAAGUUGCUCGCAGUCCUGAUGGUAUAUUUUUGUGCCAACGGAAAUACACUCUAGAUCUUCUUGAGGAGCUUGGAUUAUCCGACAGCAAACCUGCGGACUUUCCAAUGGAGCCAAAUCACCGAUUGGCAGUGACUCAAACUCCUCUUUUCUCAUAUCCUGACCGCUAUAGGCGGGUCAUUGGUAAGUUGAUCUACUUAACUUUAACACGUCCCGAAUUGAGCUAUUGUGUUCAUAUUCUCGCUCAGUUUAUGCAAUCUCCAUGCACCGAACACUGGGAGGCGGUUCUUCGUGUUCUCCGUUAUGUUAAAAGUAACCCUGGGCAAGGUAUACUGCUUCGGGCCAACUCCGAACUAAAUCUUCAAGGCUAUUGUGAUUCGGAUUGGGCUGCAUGUCCACUUAGUCGUCGAUCUCUCACUGGUUAUAUUGUUUUGUUGGGUGGUUCUCCCAUUUCCUGGAAAACCAAGAAACAACCUACCGUGUCUCGAUCAUCGGCCGAAGCCGAGUAUCGUUCCAUGGCUACUGUUGGGUGUGAGCUUAUUUGGCUAAAGAGUCUCCUCAACUCUCUUGGUAUAUUGCACUCUCGUCCGAUGGAAUUUUUUUGUGAUAAUCAGGCUGCUCUUCAUAUUGCCUCUAAUCCUAUCUUUCAUGAACGUACAAAGCAUAUAGAGAUUGACUGUUAUUUUAUUCGUGAUCUUCUUCAAAAAGAUGUUAUUUCUACACGUCAUCUCAUUGGUUGUUAA